CGGAAAGGCUGAAGAAGAGCUCGGCGGCAGGAGAGUGGAGGUAGGAGGAAGACGCAAGGGCAAAGAGCAGCUGGCGCACAAAAAAAACAGCCCCUAGUGAUCCUGAAAAGGGGCUAUUGCCAUUGGAAACCUCAUCCUUCAUAUUUUAAAGGUUUUUUAUUUUUAAUUUUUUUUGCAAAGCCUGAGAAUCACGAGCGUGCCAUUCCUCCUCACCAGCUGCAGAGAGAGGAAUAAGAUAAGUGAUGACAACAGACUAUUUCCUGCGUCUCCACGCGCUGGAAAGAGGCAUAUUUAAUAAAACACCAAGUGGAUGGUCCGAUCAUUGACAUUUUUCUGUGCGGUCAAUUGAAACCUCAAGACACUUUUUGUUUCACCUUGGUGUGGUGAGCAGCAGGCGAGAGCAUGCACAGUGGAGACCUUGCAUAACCCUAACCCUAACAUUAGAUUUCAUAAAACCAAACACACGGAUAUGAUCUUACUUAGAUCUCGAACACCGUGGACAAAUUUCUUUGAGUCGAGUGAUGCUGCGCCUUAACAGGUGACUUAUUUCGCGCGCGCGUGCGCGUGAAGUGUUUCGGCUUUCUUUUAAUGGCAGCAGUCAAAUGUUUUCCUCCGACACGGUGCAUUGAUCCCAGAACAGAUUUGUACAUCAAUCUAUAUACGUCUGCGAGGUAAAUCGAGAAAAUGCGCGCUAGAGAAGGUAAUGCAGUGCAACCGCUUUGAGAGGAGGUGCAAACAUUGGUUUUGCGCAGGUUGUGGAGAGGUUUAUUGAUCUUUACCUAAUAAUUAAGUGAUAGAAUCGCAUUAUUUUACAAAGUUGAGAAAAAAGAAAAACUACACUCACCUUUUUGUAGUAUAUCUUAAAAUAAUAGGGAUGAAAUACAUUUUCUCUAAAAAAGUAAUAUUUCAUGACUUCAAAUGUUCUUAAUCAUCCAUGCCAUUAAGUAGUAAUUUAGUAGAGCAUAUUAAAGUUUGUUUCGUUUGCUACCAGCGUGCUCUUUGACAACUAAAACAUACUGGUCCUCAAACCGACCCUUUCAAAUUGAAUGAUUUAAUGAUGCUGGGAAAUUAAUGUCACAAUGCUUAUCAGACUAAUGACCGUAAUUUCUGUAAUAUUCCACACCUGGCAGCUGAACACAGCAUUUUCUGACCACCAUCAGCUCUAUAAGCAGAAUCUGGUACUGAAAGAGUCUAGGAAACUGUCUGCUGAAGAGCAGUGUGGCUCGGCCAGCCUCAGUGUCCGUGCAGCCAGACACUAUCUUCUAGCCGGCAUGCCAGGCAAGUAUUCCCGCCUGCCAGGCCUCUAUCUGAAAUCAGUGCUGAACACAGGCUCUGGGUCAGGUGAAUACGGUUCUGACAGAAGCAAUGUUCCUGGAAUGUGUGAUAAAAGUGAUGACCAAAAACUGCAUGGUGAUAACUCAGUACUUAAAGCAAAUGGAGUGCAGUUUUCUUCUUAUCCUAAAUCAUGGGGCAGUGGGAGCCAAAAAAAAAAUGUUGAUGGCUCACCACAUAGGUCUAACCAAAUGACACAUUCAAAACUGAUACAACCACUGGACUUAAAUGUUGACAAUUCUGCUAAGUAUUUUUCACUGAAAAUGACAGAUUCAAGCAGUGGAACCUCUAAAUCAAAAUCAGGCAUGGCAGAACUCCAAAGCCCAUGGAUGGGGAUGAAAAAGAGGGAUAGUUCCUCUUCAGCAAGAAGAGAGCGCCGCAGCCCUGUAAAGUUCAGCAAUGAAGGGAACAAGUAUUUAGGGGAAGGGAAUGAGGACUACUCUGGGGAGGUGGAGGGAAAGAACAGACCUGCCGCAGAAUUGUUGCGUGCCAAGAUCCACAACGUCCCACCGAAGUGGAUGACGGCGCUGUAUUUUAGUCAGAAGGAGCAGCUGAAGGUGAAUCCAGCAGCCGGAGUGGAGCUUCCUCGCUCCAGCUUCACACUAGAACUAUGGGUCAAGCCUGAGGGAGGCCAGAACAAUCCAGUCAUUAUAGCAGGUGUGUUUGACAACUGCUCUAGCCACAGUGAAAAGGGGUGGUCUGUUGGUAUCCGGACUUUCAAGCCUAUGGGGAAAAAAGAUAGCCGCUUCUUCUUUACUCUUCGUACGGACCGUGCCAAAAGAUCCACCACUCUGACUGGACAUGAGCACUACCAGCCUGGGACCUGGACUCAUGUGAUUGCCAGGUAUGAUGGCCACCGGAUGGCUCUAUUUAUAGAUGGUGCCAAAAUUAGAGAGAGCACGCAGCAGUCUGGUGAUUUGUACAGCCCUUUUAUCAAGAGCUGUCGCACAUUUUUGCUAGGAGGUAACCUGUCUAUCUCUGAACAAGGCUUUCGAGGAUAUCUAGGUGGUGUUGUCCUGUGGGAUCAUGCUCGAAGUCAAAACGAGCUUUUUAAAAGUGAUGUGUGGCGUUUAAAGAAACAGAACCCCCUUCUAGAACUCUGGGCUGACUUUUCCAUGAUUGAGGAACAAUGGAUGGCAUACAAAGAUCGCCAACACCCAGCCAUUGUGAUCUUACCAGCACCAGAAGAGGAGCUGCUUUCACCUUUCCUGCCUCCUCCUUGUGGAGUGACCGUUUGUGACAGUCCAGAUGUUAUACAGAGCUACAAUCAGAACUGGGAGCUGCGGGCUGCUAAAAGGCUACGAUACCGUGUGGUAAAUGUGUGCAAUGAUGAUGGUAGCAGUCCUACUGUGUCAGAGCAGCAGAUACUUUCUCAGAAGCAAGCACUGGAAGAGGCGUUUGGACCAUACAACCUGACACUGGAGCUCAGCAUAAUUAACGUGUACAACUCAUCAUUGAGGCGACGUCUUGUGCUCAGCAACUGCCAUGUAGCCAAAGUGGGAGAUCGUCACUGUGACCGGGAGUGUGAUCACCCACUCACAGGCCAUGAUGGGGGGGACUGUUUGCGUCCAAACACCUGCUAUAGCUGGAUGAGGGGUGAUGGGGUGUGCCAGUCUGAGUGCAACACCAUCCAUUAUGACUAUGAUGAUGGUGAUUGCUGUGAUCCAGAGGUCACUGAUGUCACAAGAACAUGCUUUGACCCAGAGUCACCUGAAAGGGCUUACCUAAGUGUGAAGGAGCUGAAGGAGUUGCUUCAACUGAACAGCUCAGAUACUCUGAAUGUGUUCUUUGCCAAAUCGGCUCAGGAAGAACUUGCUGGGGCUGCUACAUGGCCAUGGGCCAAGGAGGCCCUUACACACCAAGGUGGAAUGAUACUGAACCCAUCCUAUUUUGGCACUUUUGGCCACAACAAUACCAUGAUCCAUGAGAUGGGCCACAUUUUUGGACUGUACCACGUCUUCAAGGGUGUGAGUGAGCGUGAGUCGUGUGAUGACCCCUGUCAGGAGACCGAAGCGUCUAUGGAAACUGGAGAUUUCUGUGCUGACACAGCUCCAACCCCGAAGUCAAAAGCAUGCCAAGACCCUGGUUUGGUUAAUGACACCUGUGGAUCUAUGCACUACAAUAAUACACCCUACAACAACUACAUGAGCUAUACAGAUGAUAACUGCACAAACCACUUCACACCAAACCAAGUAGCAAGGAUGCACUGCUACAUUGACCUGGUGUACAAAAACUGGGUUCAAGACAAUAAGCCCACUCCCAUUCCUCUUCCACCAAUGGUGAUUGGCCAAGAUGAUGACUCUGUUUCCAUUCAUUGGUUGCAUCCGAUUAGUGGGCCUCUCUUGCAAAGAGAGGAGGGAGUGAACUGUCAGUUGUGUGAUGAACACGGAGCCCUCCAUCAGUAUGCCUACAAAGCCACCUCACCCCAUUCCUGUGACAGCAGUGGUUACUGGACACCCGAAGAAGCUGUGGGUGCUCCUGAUGUUUAUCAGCCGUGUGAACCAAGCAUGCACUCCUGGAGCCCUGAGUUCAGCCUAUAUGAGGCCAAUAUGAGUUCUCAGUGUCUUCAGACUGGAGGAUGUGUUUUGCAGUUAUACUUCCAGUAUGCAAUUGUUCCUGACACACUAACUGUGUGGAUCACCUACAUCUCCUUCAGUUAUCAUGCCAUCUCUGAUUUGGAGUUCAUCCUGGAGGCUGGUGAAUCAGUUCACGUCGGCCCGCAGAAUGUUUUUUGUGACAUUCCUUUGACUCUUCGUGCCACCAGUAGCAAGAAAGUAAAGGCUAUAAAGAUAUCCACCUUUGAUAAGAAGUUGGAGGUUGAUGCUGUGCUGCUGACAUCACGACCUCAAAAUCCUCUGUGCUCUGUCUGCCAUCCACUUAUCUACCACGUUCUUCGAGAUCCACCCAUACAGGAAGGCUCUGUCACACUUAAACAAUCCACAUACACAGACAGUGAUGUACAGAAAGGGAAGCGCUAUGAGUAUCGGAUCCAGGUGGAGGGCGAAGGCUUGCACAGUGAACUCUCUCCUUCUUUGGUCUACACCCAUGGAGACCCUUUCUGUGGAGAUGGACAACUACAAGGGAUGGAAGAAUGUGAUGAUGGCAAUCUUUUGGACAGAGAUGGCUGCUCCAAAAAAUGCAGCAAAGAACCAGGCUUCAACUGUGUGGGUCAGCCAAGCCAUUGUUACUAUUAUGAUGGGGAUGGUGUGUGUGAGGAAUUUGAAAGAGGCUUAAGUCUUCAGGACUGUGGCUUCUUUACUCCAAAUGGCUACACUGACCAAUGGGCCUCCAGUGCAACAGCUUCCCAUCAUGACCUGCGAUGCCCUGUGCUGUCUGCAACAGGGGAGCCCAAUCUCAGUCUGAUGUGCGGGUCUCAGCAUGUUGAAAUGAGCAAUGCACUAAUGCAGGAUGCGUGGGUCCCGUGUACAGCCAUGUCUCACUCCAACAGUUACCACAUCCAGGAGCAGUCUGUCUGGCUUAGGGUGGAUUUCGAGCAACCUGGCAUAGCAGCCUCCAUUCUCAUCUAUCUGGCCCAUGAUGGAGAAAUGCAGAACCAUGGAGAGCAGUGCAAGAAAACAGUGUCUAUCCAACUCUGUGACACUAGUGACAAAAAACAUACACUUGGUACCUAUGGGCUGUCAUGCCAGAAUAACCCCUUGGUGGUGAACGUGACCCAUAAUCUGAGCAUGCCGUUGUUCCAGACAGCUGCUUUGCUGCUGAACUUUUCCACGGUUCAUGUGGCUGUGCUAGGAGUGGCAUUGCGUACAUCCUGCCAUUUUAGUACCUUCGCCCUGACUGGGUGUGUGCGCAUGCCAUGUGCUGUGGACUCUGUGAAAGUUACACAUGCUUCAGUCAGCUGCACCCCCACUUUGGACCCCACACACUGCUCCAUUACUUGCCAUCAUGGAUACACAGUGCACAUACUCAGAGGACUGGGUUUUCGUCCUCAACAGAGAACUGUAGAGUUGAGCUGUGUCAAUGGAGUUUGGGACCAUGCGGUGAGCUGUGAGCUGGUGGACUGUGGUCUUCCUGACAACUCUCAUGUCUCUUUUGCUUCCUUCACCUGCCCCUGGGGUACUACUUUUGGCAAGCAGUGUACCUUCUCUUGCAACCCACCCUCGACAUUGCAAGGUGAAAGCAGUACAUUGGCCUGUCUUGAGGAUGGACUGUGGUCAUUCCCUGAAGCUCACUGUAAGAUUGAGUGUACGGACCCACCCACGGUACCAUUUGCCAAACUCUUGGUGCCACAGUGCAAUGGAAGAAGGCAUGAUGUGGGAACCGUGUGUCGAUACAAAUGCAACCCUGGAUAUUACAUUAUGGGUAGCCUGACCAAAAAGCCAAGAAAGAGGUUUCUGAAGCUGGAAUGUUUAGAGGGUGGCAGAUGGCAGACUGGUGGCUGUUCCCCUGUCUCUUGCCCUGCUCUGCCUGCCAUGUUUGAGGGCAUGUAUACAUGUACCAACCACCUGGACUAUGAUAGUGUGUGCACUCUACACUGCCCUAUCCCUACUGAUAGGCUCUCAAUUCGCUGCACAAAAGAUGGGCAAUGGACUGAAGACUUCAAAAUGUGUAAGACAAUGGGAGGAUUGUGCCAGGCCCCUCUGGAUCUGAACAUGGUGGAGUAUACCUGUGAUGAGGGUUAUGGCAUCGGUGCAGUCUGUUACCCGGUGUGUGUCGUACCCUUAAGUGACCCUGUGGUGUUGCCCAGUAACUUCACGGCUGAUACUGUUAAACACUGGAUCCUUCCAUCCAGGGUUCAGAGCAUUGUAUGUACAGGUACAAUGAAAUGGCACCCCAAUCCUGAACAGAUCCACUGCAUUCAGUCUUGUGAGCCAUUCGGUGGAGAUGGUUGGUGUGAUACAAUUAACAACCGAGCCUACUGCCAAUAUGAUGGAGGAGAUUGCUGUCCAUCCACUCUUUCUUCUAGAAAGGUUAUCCAGUUUGGGGUGGACUGUGACCUUGAUGAAUGCACAUGCCGUGACCCUGAGGCUGAAGAGAAUAAGGGAAGACUUGGAGAGUUUGAGGGACAAGGCCCAUAACAGGACAAAUGGUUUAAAAAAAAAAAAGGACAAUGAUAUGAACAGGCUCUGGAAAAUUUAGACACAAACAUUAGAACCAGCACAUACCGAAACAUGUAAACUUAUAAACUCUAUCCUGAUUAAUCUUAUACUAAUCUAUAACUAUAUAUACUUGAAAAUUCUGACAUUUACACAGGUGUAGAUAUGACCUACUUUAUCAUUUUGACUGAUAAACAUUUAUUCCCAUUAAAAGUUCUCAAUGUUUUUUUUUUCACAUCCAUAUUAACAGUUAUAUACAAAUACUGUACUGAUAGCUUUAGCUUGUUUUGUGCCACAUGAUCUGUUUAAAAUCUGUUUAAAAGGACUAUAUUAUUUGUACUGUGUAGUGUAUGCAUGAAUGAUUUGGAAAGAUUCAAUUACAUCUAAAAGUCUUUGACACUCUUUCAUGACAUUCUGUAAAUGUUUGGUUUUACUGAUGUAACAGUGAAAAUAAAAUCAACAUAACCCAGUAA